CGACCCUCUCCCUCCUCUCCGCCCGCACACGUCCCGUCGUCCAUCCUUUGGCACAGCAUAUCUUACUCUGUCGGACCUUGAGCAGGUCUCGCCCCAUCGCCGCCACCCUCACGCGCACAGGCAACCUUACAGUCCUUUUCUACGGGACCAAUCAUCAGUGGAGCCAGCCCAUCUGAUCUCAAGUGCACACCCUCGCUCACUCCCAAUCAUGUUCCAAUCACCACUCUUCGCGCAGCUCAACAGGCCCAGCGCCAGCGCCGGCACCAGCGCCAGCUACCCCAUUCGCGCCCCACUCGAGGCCGCUAAGUCGGGCCCUCAGGGCAUCGACCUGUACUCCCGCUUUGCCCUCGCCGGUGCCAUUGGCUGCGCCAUCACCCACGGUGCUCUGACCCCGGUUGAUGUCGUUAAGACUCGCAUUCAGCUUGAGCCGGAGGUGUACAACAAGGGUAUGAUCACCGCAUUCCGGCAAGUCGUCGCCAAGGAGGGCUCUGGUGCCCUCCUCACUGGUUUCGGCCCGACCGCCAUGGGUUACUUUAUUCAGGGAGCAUUCAAGUUCGGAGGAUACGAGCUGUUCAAGAAGCAAAUCAUUGACAUCGUAGGCUACGAAACAGCCCGGGAAAACCGAACGGCCGUCUACCUGGGUGCCUCUGCCAUCGCCGAGUUCUUUGCCGACAUUGCCCUCUGCCCACUCGAGGCGACCCGUAUCCGUCUUGUCUCGCAGCCUGGCUUCGCAACCGGUCUCGUUGGCGGCUUCACCAAGAUCGCCAAGCAAGAGGGUCUUGGUGGCUUCUACGCCGGUUUCGGCCCGAUCCUGUUCAAGCAGGUUCCGUACACGAUGGCCAAGUUUGCAGUGUUCGAGGUGGCCUUUGAGCAACUCGUCAAGGCGACCGGCAAGCCCAAGGAGGCACUGUCGUCAGGCACUAUCACGACGCUUAACCUGACGGGUGGUGUCAUUGCGGGUCUCGCCGCCGCCUUCAUCUCGCAGCCAGCUGACACGCUGCUGUCGAAGAUCAACAAGACCCAGGCCAAGCCAGGCGAGACGACCACUGGCCGCCUGAUCAGCAUGGCCCGUCAGCUCGGCGUCAAGGGCCUCUUCGGUGGCCUCGGCGCCCGUUUCGUCAUGAUCGGUACCCUCACCGCCGGUCAAUUCGCAAUCUACGGUGACAUCAAGAAGGCUCUUGGUGCCACGCAGGGUGUUGACAUUGCGAAGUAAGCGGCUCUUUUUCCGUUUCGAGCAGGAGCUCGAGCGCUUGCCAGUGACUUGGGGUAGGAAGGAUGACAAGCGAGAGACUGGGUACAUACUUCCAGACGAACCUCCUACCGUUUGCCGCCGGGACCCUGCAUAUAGAGGUAUAGCAAGAAUCAUGAUUGAGGUGCUUCACGCAGCUCGUCUUUGUGUACCGGCCCCGCUCUCGCCUCUCUUGUUGCUUUGUCCACU